CUUUGUCUAGGGUCGCAUUAUUUAAGCGCUUCGUAUUUCCGUUUAGCCGCCGGGGCCGACCCAAUGGAAGUGACUCUCCGCAGUCCGCACAGCCCCGAGCUCCAAGCUGAUGUUGCUAUUCUUGAUGUGGCUGACUCUGUCCCCUGAGCAUGAAUCGUGCCUGAAUGACAAAAAGCAUCUUUAUCUACCCCAGACUACUUGACCCUAUCUCUGCCAAAUCGAUCCACUCUUAACUGCAUCUCCACGCCCUCCGCAUCACGCCCGCAUCGCAUAUCGCAGUAUCGCAGAUCACACCCCGGCAGAUCGACAGAACCACCACCAAGAAUUCAAGAUGCCCUCACUACGAGACAUCCUCCACAAACGCGAAGACCUCACCGAGAAGUCCUCCACAUCAAAAAGCUCUCCCCAGAAUCCCCCAUUAUCCCCGCCACCACCCGAAAUCACCUUCCUACGAUCCGACACCUUCGGCCAAGAAGUAAUCACCCCUCCAGCACACCCACACGACGAGCACACGCGCAACACAAGCGAAACCCCCGAAUCCCCUCGUCUCGGCUCCUCCAAUUCCCGCCGGAGCUUCUUCUUCCAACGCUCCAAUUCCUCUCGCUCCCUUUCCAGCCCAUCUCCGCCCCGCCCCCGCGGCGAGCGUCGCCUGUCGAAUCUCCUCCACCGCCGCAGCCGGAGUAACUCGCAAGAGUCGUCUGCGAAUAUUCCUGAGGGUCUGCCGCAGAUUGAGGACGAGCAGGGGGUGGAUAAGCAAGAGCGGGAGGCGCAAUGGGAGAAAAGGGCGACGGUGUUGGUGCAGCGGAAUCCGCACUUUGGGCAGUCGCCGCCGCCGUCCACGGGGGAUCUGUCGUUGCCUGGUGGUGGGCAGGGGAGAUCGAGAAGUUCAAGUCAUAGUCGACUUGGGGAUCAGCAGGAUGAUAUCAAUAUCCAAGAGGCUAUUCGCUUGCAUGAAGAAGGAGAUCUGGAACGAUCGACUCUGAUGUUCAGCCAACUAGCCGACCCUAAUGGCCAUAAUAAUCCGCUUAGCCAGGUUCUCUACGGCCUAGCUUUGAGACACGGCUGGGGCUGCACAAAAGACGAGGCACGCGCAGUAACAUAUCUCUCGGCUGCGGCAACAAACUCGGCUGCUGUAGAGUCCGAGGCCCUCCGUGCAGGCAUGAAAAAGGGCGGCAGUGCCAAAGGCGAGCUGGUCCUCGCCAUUUUUGAGCUAGCAAAUUGCUUCCGCAUGGGCUGGGGCGUCAAGAAAGACCCCGCCGCCGCGAGGCAAUAUUACGAGACUGCAGCGAACCUGGGUGAUACCGAUGCCAUGGACCAGGUUGCGUGGUGUUAUCUCGAAGGAUUCGGUGGAAAGAAGGAUAAGUUCAAGGCCGCUAAAUACUAUCGACUUGCCGAGGAGAACGGAAGUCCGACUGUUGGGAACUCUUGGAUCUGGAAAGAAAAGUACAAUCCCAAAUGACGGGGUUGUUUGGCAUACCUGGGCUGAGAGCCCCUCGUCCUAGGAGUUAUACUGCAUGGGUCUUUUAUGAUUUUCUGACUACGAUUCGGUUCACGAAUUUCUUACAUAUUGCAUAUAAUUGCGUGAUGUCUACGAGUGUAUUUGAUUAAUGUUGUCUUUCGAUCGGUC